UUGUGGGGAAAAGUUUUAUUUACUUUCUGUUGCUAUUUCGUGUGGCGCUUAGAAAUUUAGGGACUAAAUACAGCUUCCGUUCUGAUAUAUAUACACAUAUAUUUGUAUCGAUAACGAUCCGGUAGGUUCCGGUCGUGCAUUUACUGGUUGGGAGAUAUAUUAUUUUCAGUCGCAAAAACGUAACAUUUUCAACAAAAAUCGUUACGAUAAAACAAGUGGCCGAAGGGGAAGAUUCAUCUGUCGUCCGUAAACAAACUGCCUUAUCAUUGUCGUACUUUUGCUAGCGCAUUCAGUCUGCCCGUAACGCUUCACACGCCAUGACUGACCACCGGGAUCGUUCCAGUGUGCCGACGAUGAAACCAACCGGUGACGUGUUGGCCGCCCUGCGGAAGCUGAUGAAGAACCUGCCGAACAAUCUCGGCACGAUCAACGCGUACAUCAUCCCGUCGAACGAUGCGCACCAGAGCGAAUAUCUAGCGGCACGCGACGAACGCCGUGCGUUCGUGUCUGGGUUUGACGGGAGUGCCGGUACGGCGGUGGUGACCGAACGCGAAGCACUGCUCUGGACCGACGGGCGUUACUAUCAGCAGGCAACGAAGCAGCUCGACACCAACUGGACACUGAUGCGGGACGGUCUACCGACGACGCCGUCGAUCGAUGCGUGGCUCGCAAAAGCACUACAGCCCGGUUCGCGGGUAGGGGUGGACGCUAAUCUUAUCACUGCCGCCGCAUGGACACCGCUGCAAACGACGCUAAAAACGGCCGGCUGCACACUGCUUCCCGUCACACCGAAUCUGGUCGAUCUGCUGUGGUCCGAUCAACCGGCCGUACCGCACAAUCCAUUGCUGCCGCUCGCAACCACCUUCACCGGGGCGACCAUUGCGGAGAAGCUUGCCACGGUGCGAGAAAAGCUAACGGACAAGCGUGCGUCCGUGCUCGUGGUGAGCGCACUGGAUGAGAUUGCCUGGUUGCUGAACUUGCGCGGCAGCGACAUUGAUUACAAUCCCGUGUUCUUCUCGUACGUGAUCGUAACACCGGACGUACUGUACCUGUUUAUCGAUGCGACGCAGAUGCAGCCCCAGGUGGAGGAACACUUCCGCACGAACGGUGUCACGGUGGAGGUGCGCGGAUACGACGAGAUACAUACGGUGCUGAAGCAGCUGGCGGAAAGUACGCCACCACCGGCCGGCGGUGGUCCGCUCGUGUGGAUCAGCUCGGGGUCGAGCUACGGGCUGGUUGCGCUCGUGCCGGAGGAACGACGCCUGCACGACAUAACGCCCAUCAACCUAAUGAAGGCGGUUAAGAACGAAACGGAAGCGAAAGGUAUGCGGGACUGUCACGUGCGCGACGGUGUCGCCCUCUGUCAGUACUUUGCCUGGCUGGAGCGUUGCGUACGCGAUGGGACGGCCGUGGACGAGAUCAGUGGAGCGACCCGGCUGGAGGAGUUGCGUAGCCGGCAGGCACACUACAAGGGAUUAAGCUUUACCACGAUCAGUGCUUCCGGGCCGAACGGUUCGAUCAUCCAUUACCAUCCACUGCCGGAAACGAACCGUUCAAUAACGGCGAACGAGCUGUACCUUUGCGAUUCCGGUGCUCAGUAUCUCGAUGGUACGACGGAUGUGACACGCACGAUUCAUUUCGGUCAACCGACACACGAAGAAAAGCGCGCAUUUACGCACGUACUGAAGGGCCAGAUAGCGCUCGGUUCCGCCAUCUUUCCGCGCAAGGUAAAGGGUCAGUUUUUGGACACGAUCGCACGGAAAGCGCUGUGGGACAUUGGGCUCGAUUACGGCCACGGUACCGGACACGGUAUUGGACACUUUCUGAACGUACACGAAGGUCCGAUGGGCAUCGGCAUUCGGCUGAUGCCAAACGAUCCAGGGCUGGAGGAGAACAUGUUCCUUUCGAAUGAACCCGGCUACUACAAGGACGGUAAGUUUGGUAUCCGUAUCGAAGAUAUUGUCCAGGUGGUAACGGCUAACGUUGGCACAAACUUUGAUGGGCGUGGUGCACUCACCUUCCGUACGAUCACCAUGUGCCCGAUACAGACGCGUCUGAUCGACGUGAACCUGUUGACCGUGCACGAACGUGACCAUCUGAACGCGUACCAUCAAACCGUACUGGACAAUCUGGGACCGCUGCUACGUGCAGCCAGCGAUAUGGAAACGCUCGACUGGUUAGUGCGCGAAACGAAACCGAUUUAACAGUAAUGGUGUGCAACCAACUAUCGGCCACAAGUUACGGCUGUGGUUGCUGACUAUUUCGAUUUCACCACAAUUAAAAAUUGUACGUUAUUUAGUAUUCAUUCGCGUUCAUUUUCCUAUUUAAAUUACGUAUUUUGGUUCCCUUUUUUUCGAACGUAUCGAACGUUUGUUUUUUUUUUCUCGAAGACAUUAACACUAGAACGACCAAAAGCUUCCAGUUUGUUUUUCUUCCUGGUAGUUUACACUGUUGAUUUUUGUUUAAAGCGAUUCAUUGAUGCAAAAUACAGUAGAACGUUUAUCCGGGGGCGGAUUAACCAGCGAGUGGAUUAACCCUGCGUCGAAAAUUGACAGCUGUUCAACCGUGCUGAACAUCUGUACUGAUGUCACGUGGGUUACAAUUAUUAAAAUCGUUACCAAACGAUAUAUUUGAAAUGAUUUUAUUUUACGAUCUAAUUGUUAUUUGAUAAUAAUUUGCAUAAUUCAGAAUCAUUUUUGGCAUCAAAAGGACAACCAUAGUAUAAUAUAUAGAUACUAUAUACGCUUUAUCUAGAUAUGGAAAUGCGCUUGAUAUUUAAGGGACUAUUAUCCGUGGAAAUCGAUUAACCUGCAUCGGUCCGGUCCUGAGCACCUCGGAUAAUCGACGUUCUACUGUAAUAUCGCCCCCAUUAAUCACGUUUCAGGUUUAUUUUUGCUUUACUUUAUAGAUUUACCACUACUAAGACUGGUUCUUUCUGAACCACUAGUGCACUUCGCUUUUCUGAAAAGAAUUAUUAAAAUGUUCUCAAUUUUUGUCAUUAUUUCACUUAAAAAAAAGUACAAAUUAUUAAGUGCAAUUUUGUUGUUUACUUGUUGCAAGCACGCAUUUUUAUAGAUCUGCAAUUCUCAUAUAGAUUGUAUUAUUUUACUACAAGAAAAUAUUUCAAAAAAAAAAAACAAAUAAUAUACCAG